CGCUAUUCGUCCUUCAAUCCAAGUAGGCCAGUUUUAUCCGUACGAUCUCAAAUCAAAUGGAUCUCUACUAUCAUAUUAUACCGCCGCCAAGUCGCGCCGUCCUUGUAUUGUCGAAAAAACUCAACAUAACGCUGAACCUCAUUUCAAUCGACACCAGAGAUGCCAACGAAAUGGCCAUCCUGACCAAGGUGAACCCAUUGCAAUCGCUUCCGACGUUGAUCGACGACGGACAGGUCAUAGGCGAAUCGCACACCGUGCUGAUCCAUCUGACCAGCCUGUUCGACAAGGAGGGAACGCUCUAUCCCGUCGACCUCAAAAUUCGUUCGGUCAUCAACGAGUUGCUCUUCUUCGACACCAACAUGUACAAGUGCUUCGUGCUGUUCGCCAUGCCAACGGUCAUCAAGCGCCAGGACCCGAACCAUGACAUGCUGGAGAAACUACUCGUGUGCGUUAAAGCGUUGGAUAACUAUCUACGGGAGCGCGUCUACGCUGCCGGGGAUCACUUCACGCUUGCCGAUCUAUCCUUGGCCCAUACUAUUUCGUCGCUGGAUGUGAUCAAGGUCAAGCUGAGCGACUACCCUAAUGUAGAACGCUGGAUGACAAAGGUGCUGCCAGAGAUGCCGCAGUUUGAGGAGUUUCAGGUCCGUGCCGAGGAAGCGCUGUCUACCUUCCUGGCCAAGCAGUACGGGGCCAAGUGCAUUUGAGGACCGCUUACGUCGAAAGCUGCGUGUGAGGGAUCUAUUUUGUGAGUCGAGUAGAGAAGAGAUGAUACGGAAAGUUACGAGGUCGAUAACCGGCAGUCCGCUAGUAGACAUGCGUGUCUACUACAUUCGGGAGGGACUGCAGACAAGUCGAUUAUAUAUAUAUAUAUAUAUAAUAUACAAAUGAUCCCUCAUUCGGAACGCAUUAGGAGAUUUUCUUUUCAUAUACUUGUUUUUCAAUUAUGAAAUAUUCAUGCAUUUAAAUAAAACUUGUAAGAACAUGCAAUAA